UCUUUUUAGAUGCAAAAUCAUCUUUAUGGCACUUUAAGGUUCUAAUAUAUAACUUUAAAGCAUUAAUAUGAAUCCUAACAUUAACCCAUUAAAUACAAAAUGGUGCCUUUUGAACGGGUAAAGUCCUAGUGACGGCUUAACUGCCUCAAUUUUCAAACAAACAUUUGCAUUAUAAGUCACCUGCAGCCAAAUAUAGACGUUCAUAAUGUUUUACAGCUCACAAUGAAACAGUUACGGUUACCGAACCUCUCGUCUCUUAUUAGUUCUUACUGCCUGGAGAUGAAGCCUUGGAACCACGGUGGAAAGUUUCCGUCUGACAGGAUGAACAUGGCCUGAGUCUCCACGAACCACUGGAGGAUCUGCUCUCUCUGACCUCCCUCCAUGGCAUGAGUUCAACAGGUGGCGUGUCCACUUUUAGAAACACGCUGCUGGACGCGUGCGCGUUCAUGAGGAAACACUCGUGAGCGCAUGAAAGCGCACAGAAACGCUACAGUGUUGUCGUCGGUGAUGAAAGAUCACGAUGGCUCUGUUCAAACAGCAGCAGGUCGAGGAUUUCUUUGAGAUUGGAGAGGAACUUGGGAGUGGGCAGUUUGCAAUUGUAAAGCAGUGUCGUGAAAAGAGUUCAGGCCGGGAUUUUGCAGCCAAGUUUAUAAAGAAGCGUCAGAGUAAUGCUAGCCGCCGAGGUGUGCUGCGAGAAGAGAUCGAGCGAGAGGUCAACAUCCUACAGCAGAUCCACCAUCCCAAUAUUGUCAUGCUGCACGACGUGUUUGAGAACAAAACAGACGUGGUGCUGAUUUUGGAGCUGGUGUCUGGAGGAGAGCUUUUUGACUUUCUGGCACAGAAAGAGUCUUUAAGCGAGGAGGAAGCCACACAGUUUAUCAAACAGAUUUUAGAGGGCGUGCACUAUUUACACACAAGGAAUAUUGCUCACUUUGACCUGAAGCCUGAAAACAUCAUGCUUCUGGAUAAGAACGCGCCUCUGCCUCGGAUCAAGCUCAUUGAUUUUGGCUUAGCGCACAAGAUUGCUGAAGGGGUUGAAUUUAAAAACAUCUUUGGAACUCCAGAGUUUGUCGCUCCAGAAAUUGUGAAUUAUGAACCACUGGGUCUGGAAGCAGAUAUGUGGAGUGUUGGUGUCAUCACGUAUAUUCUGUUGAGUGGUGCGUCUCCUUUCUUAGGAGAAACAAAACAGGACACCCUGGGAAACAUCUCUGCUAUGAACUAUGAGUUUGAUGAUGAAUUCUUUGGCCAUACCAGUGAGCUCGCCAAGAAUUUUAUACGACAACUGCUGGAAAAAGACACCAAAAAAAGGCUCACAAUUCAAGAUGCCUUAAACCAUGCUUGGAUCAAGUCUAACGAGCAUAAGGAAGAUCGUAAUAAAGCCCCAGAGAGGAAGAGAGAGCGCAGGCAGCUGAAGACGAAGCGUCUCAAAGAGUACACCAUCAAGUCCCACUCCAGCAUGCCUCCGAACAACACCUACAUCAACUUUGAGCGCUUCGCACAAGUGGAAGAGGACGUGUCGGCCAUGGAGGGUACGUUCUGCCAGUUGGCAUCAGCUCACGACUCCCUGCAGGAGGACAUCGAUGCGCUUGUGUCCAUCUACAAUGAGAAGGAGAUGUGGUACAAAGAAGAAAGUGAAAGCAUCAGGCAUGAGUUGUCCCAGCUGCGAUAUGAGUUUCGUAAAGUGGAAGCUCAGAGACGUGGCGUUCACGAAGACAUGAGAAGCGUGGAUGCUAGUGUUAGCCGUGUGAGCGAGAGAUAUAAGGAAAGGCAGAGCCGUUUCGAGGCUCUACAGAAGGAACUGUGCGCUGAGCUGCAAUGGGUUCAGGAGUUGGUGGGUUCCUUUCAGGUCAGCUUCCCUAACUGUAGCUUUAGCAGCGUGUUUAAUACUGAUGUCAAUGAGGCUCUGAAAGAGCUGUUGAACAGAUCCUGUGGAGGAGACCUGCUGACAGGCAGCAACCUGGACCAGCAGAGAUGACCACUGUUAUUGGUCACACGUAUAAGGAAUAAUCGAUAAUGAGAUUAUUUAUUAGAAAAAUGCUCUACUGAGGUGGAAAUGCAGGCACAGAGUAAAGCGGGUUUUAAAAAUGCAUUAUAUUCCAAUAAUUCAACAGACCACAGUCAAUUAUGCUAGGGUUAUCACAUCUAAACACUGUUCUGAUGUUGUAUUUCAAGACAUUUGUGUGUUGUUUUUUUUUCUUCUCAAAUAGCUCAAGCUCAGGAUCAAGCAUUCAACAGAUACAUAUACACUGAAAAAAAACUAUUCAAAGAUGAUUCCUUAGAUUUACUAAAUUUAAAGUGGUUGCAGUGGUGUAAAGUAAAUAAAUACAAGUACUCAAAUUACUGUAAUUGAGUAGUUUUUCUCAGGAAUUGUAAUUUACUAAGUAGUUUUAAACAUGUGUACUUUUACUUUCCCUUGAGAACAUUUUUAGUGCCGUAUUGGUACUUUUACUCCACUACUUUCCUUUAACCUGCUGUCACUGCUUUUAUUUUUUCUUGUCUACGAAAAUUAGAAAAAUCAAUCCUGUAAUUCAUGUUCAAUAUAACGCCUCAUAAUGAAUUACCUCUAGACAUGGGCAAAUUAUAAACGCAAUAAAUUGUUUAGAGGCAUUAAAAGUGUCCAAGAAGAUGUUCAAAAUGUUUACACGCAUUGACCUUGAGACUGUUUAGAUGCAUGUCACUGAUGAGAAGAUGACGGAUGUUUACUGUAUGAUGACCGAAAUGGCCUUAAACACCCAGCAGGCACAAAACGUCAACAUGACAUCAAAUUGACGUUGUACCCCAGCGUUGUCGAGACAUUGCAUUUUGUUUGGAAAUGAAAAUCUUUUUGACAUCAGAACUCAUUGUCAGGCCAACGUUAAUGUCCAGCAUGCAACCUAAAACCAACCAAAUAUCAACAUCUAAUGAUGUUACAGCUUGAUGCUGUGUGGAUGUUACCACUAUGUCUAUCAGAUGUUGGAUUUUAAUUGCCAUACCUGACGAAUAAAUAUCAGUACUUGACGUCAAUAUGACGUUGGUUUAAGACUAUUUUGGUCACUUUCUAACACAACUUAAAAUCAACCAAUUAUCAAUGUAAUUUUACGUCAUUAUUGGACAUCAAAAUAAUGUUGUCUUUAGACACUGGCUAGACAUUGAAUUUUGGUCACCUGACAUCACAACCUAAAUCUAACCUAAUAUUAACGUCUCAUAACGUUGUGUGCCUGCUGGGCAAUAACUAGAUGCACUACAGAAUAUUACGUUUACCCACAUCCACAAAUGACAUGUAAAUGCAUCAGCUUUUUACAGCGUAAUAUUCUCGCUACUCUUGUGUACUAUUAAAAGGGCUACUUUUUACUCCUACUUUGAGUAAUAUAAACAACAGAUACUUUUACUCUACUUGCACUACAUUUUUUUAGGCAAGUGAUGGUAAUUUUACUUUAUGAUUUAUACUCUUUCCACCACUGAAUGGUUGUAAACUAUUUAUU